CUACGUUUCGAGCCGCAUUCGCCGAUGAGAAACACACGAUCGCGCGCGUGUCGAGUUAAUUUUUAUUGUCAGUCGGCCGUUCAUCGAUAUAGAUUUAUAUAUAUAUAUAAAUUAAUAAUACGCAUAGAUAUACGUAUAUAUUUUUUGGUGCAGUUUAAUUAGAUUUUGUUUUGCCCGCGAUUAUUUAUUUCUCGUUCCACGCUGUUGUCCGUGUUCGUUUUCGUCGCGAUUGUGCGUGUUUAUUUUCGUUUUAAAUUCAAUCCGUUUUGCCGCCCGAGACGUACGUGCCGAUUAUGUGAGAUAUAUCUUGGUGAAGUUUUGUUUGGUUUGGUUCGCCGUUUUUUUUUUCUCCGUCCAUCCGUCGUUUUCGUUCUCGCGCGUGUAACGUAUGUGCGGCGUGCGAAAUCCGUAUACACGUCACCGCUGCCGUCGUGCGUCAAUUGUUUUUCCCUCGUCAGUGCUUGUGUUCCUACCGUAAUGUUCGCGUAAACUACUUGGUUUUCUCCUUUUCCGCCGCCGUCGCCACCUGUCCAGGUGUGUGUGUGUGUGAUUGUGAGUGAUUGUGUGUGCGUGCGCCUACCGAUAUCGAAUCCGUUGAACCGCGGUGGACUCGUUGUGCGCGACCUGUGUGUUUGGGCGUGUUCCCGAAUGAUGAAGAGUUGGCGACAUAAUGGUUAGGGAGACUCGCCAUCUUUGGGUCGGAAACCUGCCGGACAAUAUACGCGAAGAGAAGAUACGCGAACAUUUCAAGAGGUAUGGACGCGUGCAGAGCGUUAAAAUAUUGGCGAGAUCGAAAGAAGAGGUGGCGCUGGGUGGCACUGGCGUGUGCGCCACCGUUUCGUUCAUGGACAUCAAGUCCGCCUCGAAAGCGCACAACGUGGACCAAAAGAUGGAUGAUCAGUCCCUCAGCACCGAGUACCACGAGCCCGCGGCCAUACCGUCGGCAAGUCCAACCCUACCGCCGCACCUGUAUCCGGCCACCGCCAGGCCGUACAUCCACGGGUCUCCUUUAGAGGAACUCAGCAGCUUUGAACGCUCUAGUCAUUUUUACGAUCGUGAACGAGAGACUAGCUACCGCGGCCGACCGCCUGCUGCCGGCUAUCACGUUGUAUCGCCGAUUCAAGGAUCGCCUGACCCUCUCCGAACCCGACCUCGUGACAGGGCUGUCUUCAGGGCAUACCCGGCGCUUGAAAGCGUUGUCACUACUUCCAGAGGUCACCAUCACCGUGUUGGCAGCUGGGCUUAUGAAGCCAAUAAUUCUAGGUUCGCUCACCACAUAAGUAGUUGUAGUUCACCAGAUUUAUCAUAUUCGGAGGAUAGGCGGGUGGAACCACCUUUAAUUAUUGUCCGAAAUAAACCACAUAUAAAACCCCCAAGUGAACCCAGGAGUGAGGAGGAUCGUUCUGGAUCACCUUCAAGCUCUAGUUCGACUGUAAGUCAAUCAGGGGCAAGUAGUUCAUGUAGUUCGUCCUCAUCACCUAGCCCUAUACCACAGCUGCCACGAAGCCCUAGUCCAGGUCCCGCAUUAUCUGAUAAGUCUUCUUCAAGCCAUAGCCUUCAUGGUAGCUCGAAGAGCAGCACUGUUCCGUCCCACGCCAAUUGUGCGCAGUUACCGAACUCAGAUAGCCAAACAUCGCUCUCAGCGUUUGAACAACAAAGGCAUAACGCUAUUUGUAUAAAAAAUCUACCUUCAAGAUCUAGUGAUACUAGUCUUAAAGACGGUUUAUAUCACGAGUACAAACGACACGGCAAAGUGACGUGCGUAAAAGUGGUGGGCCAAGGGAGCGAUAGGUACGCCUUGGUAUUCUUUAAAAAGACUGAAGAUGUGGAUAAAGCGUUGCAAGUGUCUCAUGACAAAUCAUUUUUUGGUACUAAAAUCGAAGUUUCUGCAUACCAGGGGCACAAGGAUGUGGACGACAAUGAAAGCAGGCCGAUUGAAACAGACGUGGAUGAGUUCCAUUCCAAGGCAACAAGAACUCUCUUCAUCGGUAACCUAAAUAGUAAUACAGUUGCUGCUGAAGUUAGGAAAAAUUUUGAAACAUUUGGUGAAAUCAUUGAAAUUGAUAUAAAAAAAGGAAAUAACAUCAAUGGCAGUACAACUGGAACAUAUGCAUUUGUCCAGUACAUUGAUAUAUCUAGUGUAGUAAAAGCUAUGCGAACUAUGGAUGGUGAGUUUUUGCAAGGAAGUCGUAUAAAUCUAGGGUUUGGAAAAUCCCUGGCAACUACAUGUGUUUGGAUUGAUGGUGUUGCUGAAUCUGUCAGUGAAAAAUAUCUGGCAUCUCAUUUCAAUCAAUUUGGCAGUGUAACUCACUGUGUAAUUGACCGAUCGCGAGAACAUGCUUUGGUGUUUUUUCAACAGAUAACACAUGCACAGUUAGCUGUUACUCAAAUGCGUGGUUCCAUUAUGAAAGGUCGGAGACUUCAAGUUGAUUUUGCAUCUAGAGAAUGUCAACAAGGAUUCUACGAACACUUAGAUAAGACAUCUAGUGAAUCUAGUCCUAGAUUCACUAGUCAGCAACACGAUAACACUGCUCAACUAUCUCCUGGUAGUACAAAUGGUGUUGCUAUUCGUGGUUUUGAAACUCCAUCAUCGUCUUGCAGCAGUGCAGCUGGUGACAAAAGUUAUCCUAGGAAUCCUGAUGAACCCCGUAAUAGUACAGUUUCUGUUCCUAACCCUCAAGACAUGCAUAACUUGCAAAAAGAACGGGUUUCCCUACUGGAACAACUCGAAGAUUGCAACAGCUCUGGUGAUGAAAUUCUGAAUGAUUCAUCAAAAGCACAGCAAGUUAAAAGCCGCUCGAGCACACCUAUAAGUGACGAACGCCCACCGGAGAGUCUCACGCCUCCGACACAAGUUCCUAGAUCUCAUGUACCGAUCUCGUUGCCGUUGCCCAGAUUUGCUGUGCACGUCUCUAAUCCUCUGCUCAGCCCACCAUUAAGCUCUCCUAGGAGACCGCAGUCAUCCAAUUCUGAUGAUUCUCAAGCCUCUGAUCCUGGUGCACCAGGUCUUGAAGAAAGGUUAAGAAGUCUCGAUGAAAAAUAUGAACAGUGGAGUGGUUCUAGAACAAGUGUUCUAAAACUUGAUACAUCUGUUCGACUUCGAUCUAGAUACAAAUUGUUAGACACUGUUGAUAAACUAGAACCAUCAGAUAUUGUCAAGUCUGUACUUGCAAAACCAAGUGUUUUUGAUGAAGAUACUAAAAGACUUGAAAAUUUUUCUGACAAAUAUAUACCUAAAGAAUUUGUUCCAUCUAGAACAAGUCCUAACUUACAGAACUUUCGACAACAACAAAUUGGCUCAUUUUCGCCAUUAACGCCAUCAAGUAGUGGAUCAUCAAAAUCUCCACCAGCUUCAUCCCCUGCUGCUGUUAAAACUCAAUAUUCAUUUCCAAGUCAUCCUCAACCUUUACCAGUUACACAAAAUUGUAGGACUUCUCCAACAGAAAUUCGAUUGACAACAGCUGAUCCUAGGCUAAUUGACCCUAGGUUAGCUGAUCCUAGACUAUCAGCUGAUUCAAGAGGAUCCUUUUUAACUAAACAAAAUAUUUGCACUAUAAAUGAUAACAGAUAUAUACCUGAUAUAUUAAAUACAAAGGAUCCUAGGCAUCCUAUACAUAAAGAUGCAGAGAUAAAAGAUGGUCCAGAAGCAUUUUAUAGAAGUAAAAUCCGUGAUGAAUACACUAAAAACUGGUUACACACAUUUGAACGUAAAGAUAACGAACCAACCUAUAGGUUAGUUGAUACAUUUGACCGUCGGAGGUUUAGUGACUACAGAAAAGAAGAAGAUGAAAAAUUAAAAAUUGAUCAAAUAAAUAAACAGAAACUUUUGGAUGGUUUUAUUAUAAAAAGAAAAACUUCAAUGGAAACAAUAGUUCAUCCUAGUCCGUUCUUUGUUGGUGUUCAAGAAAAACCAAAAAAUAUUGAUGACACUAAAAAACUAUCUGAUCUUAAAAAAAUUGAAGAAAUCCCUAAACGAGAAGAACGUAUAGAGAUGAAAAGAGCAGCUGAGGAAAUUAAACCUCCAGAACCACCUCCAACAGUAAAUAGUGUUGAAGAAGAAAAAAUAGAUUUCAUUACUAAUGAGAAUACUAUUGCAAAUAUUUUAUUAUCUUCUAUUGAAAAUUUACAUAGGAAGACUGAAACUGAAGAAACUAGAAGUAAAGUUGACAGAGCUAAUUCCAACGAAUCAGUUAGUAAACAUCUAGAUACUGAGAAAAAGAAAGAAAUAGUUAGUGAAUCGACAAAGAAAAAAGAACAUGAAAGAAAAAAAUCUAUUGAUUUUGAACAUCCCAAAAACAAAGAAAAGAAAGACCAUGAAUCCAAGAAGAUUUUGAACUCUACUAAAUUAAAGGAAUGCGAAAACGGCAAAAGUAAGGAACUUGAGUUUAACAUGUUUGAAAUAAAUCGAAUCAACAACAAAAAAAAAGAAGAGCUUUCAAUAAAUGGUAAAACAAAAGAUAAUGAAAAAAAGAAAGAUUUACUGAAAUCAGAUAAAAAACCUGAAUCUAAAAAAGAAGAUAAGAAAAAAGAUGUUAUUAAAGAGACCGACAAAAAAGAUGAUGUUGACAAAGUGAAAGAUAAAAAGAAAGACAAACGUGAUAAAGAUUUUCCUAAGCACAAAGAAAGAAAAAAGAGUUUGGAUGAAAAUAAUAAACACAAACAUGAAAACAGUAAAAGAUCAAAAGAACAUUAUAAAAGCAAAGAAGAAGAAAAGGUUCAUCAAACUGUCACAUCUGAUUUGGAUGUAAAGUUUAAUGAUGACAAAGAGUCCAAAAAAGACAAACGAAUUGAUAGAAAUAGUAUCAGUAGUAAUAGCUCAACUGGACGUUCAACUAAAAGAAGAAUGAGUGAUAGCUCAGAAAACCUUGAUGAUUCUAAAAGAUCAAAAAUGGAUAUUAAGAAUAUUAAAGAUAAAAAUCAUAAAAAAUCUAAUGAAAAACAUAUUUCCUUUAUUUCUAAAAUUUUGGAUGGUAAAAAUAAAGAACAGAAAAAAGAUCAUCACGAUAAAAAGAUUGAAAAGAAAAAGGAAGAAAGGAAAGUUAUCAAAACUCCAAAUCAAACAGAAACUGAAGAUGAUGAUGAAGAUGAAGAAGCUAGAGAAAGAAGAAAAAAUCAUUCUAUAUUUGAAGUUGUAUUAGAUGAACCUUAUGUUUCAAUGUAUGAUAAAGUUAAAGCUAGAUCAACCAAAAAUAUGCAAAAACAAGAGGAGGAGAAACGUCAAGAAAAACUUAAAGAGAAAUUUAGCCAGUUGAAGCAAAGUAGAGCAAAAAGAGAAGAAAAGAAGCGAUCUACAUCUUAUGAUGGAGAUUCUGAUUCAGAUUGUGGUGUAAGACGUUCUUCUAAAUUGCUCAUCACUAGCUCAGAUGAUGAUGACGACUAUUUUCAUCGUAAAAAUCAAAGACCUGUUUCUGAUUCAUCUGAAAAUGAGAGACCAAAAAUUCAAAGAACAGUAUCUGAUCUUUAUGAAAGUAAUAAGAUAAAAAAUCAAAGAAGGUCUGUUUCAUAUGAAAAUGAAAGAUUAAAAACUCAAAGAGUUGUAUCAGAUUCUUCUGAAAAUGAAAAGUUUAAACAAAUACCUAAAUUUAAAUCUAGAAUACAAUCUGAGUGUAGUGAUAGUGAUGAUCAUUUUGUUCGUAAAAGUGAAUUCACUUUUGACCGAAUACAAAAUGAUGCUGGUGUUCAAGGAUUUAAUGGACACCAAAAAAAGAAAAAACAAAAGAAACAGAAGAAUGAAUAUUCAAGAAAAUCAAUUGAUAUUAAUGGAUCUGAUAGUAAUCACCGACCAAUCAAAGAGAAAAAGAAAAAACAUUCUAUUAGUCAUAAAUCUAAUAUUAAUGAAAGAAUGCAAGAUAUAUUUGGAUCCUUAUCUGAUGAAGAUAAUGAAAAAACAAUUGUUAACAAAUGGAGUGUAUCUGAUGUUUUUGGAACUGAUUCUGAUACUGAACACGAACGAAAAGAAAAUAAACCAAAAAUGGAUGUUAAAAAGUUUAAUGACUUUGGUAAGGAUGUGUUAAAGUCACUUUCACAUAAUGUUGAUGAAGUAGCUCGAAAGAAAAAGAAAAGAAAGAAAGAUAAAGAAAGAAACAAAGAGGACCGAAAAGAAGAAAGAAGAGAAGAACGAAGAGAUGAACAUAAGGAAGAAAGAAAAAGUGAUCGUCGAGAAGAUCGAAAAGAGAUACAUCUAGAUCGUAAAGAAGAACGAAAAGAAGACAGAAAAGACGAAUCAAGAAGAGAAGAAAGAAAAGAUGAACAACGGAGAGAAGAACGUAAAGAAGAACAGCGUAGAGAAGAAUUGCGUAGAGAAGAAUUGCGUAAAGAAGAACAGCGUAAAGAAGAACUGCGUAAAGAAGAACAACGUAAAGAAGAACAACGUAAAGAAGAACUACGUAAAGAAGAAUCACGUAAAGAAGAAUUGCGUAAAGAAGAACUGCGUAAAGAAGAACUGCGUAAAGAAGAACUGCGUAAAGAAGAACUACGUAAAGAAGAACUACGUAAAGAAGAAUUGUGUAAAAUAGAGCAUCGAAAAGAUGAAAGAAAAGUAGAAGCUAGAGAAGAAAUUAAGAAUGAUAGAAAAGAAUUAAAAAGUGAAAGAUUAGUAAGUGUUGCCAAUGAAGAAAAAAAAGGGAUUAAAGAAAUAAAUAGUGAAAGAUUAAUAAAUAUAGCGCAUAAUGAAAGAAAGGUAUCAAAAGAAAUAAAAAAUGAACGAUUAGUAAAUACAACACAUGAAGAAAAAAAAGUGUCUAGAGAAUCGAAGAAUUAUGGAGAAAUAAAAGUAAUGGAUAAUCUUCAAGGAAUUAUUGAGUCAAAGAAAAAGUCUAAAGAAUUUGUUGCCAAUAAUGUUAAUGCAAUCACUCCAAACAGAGAUGUAUUUUCUACAUUUUUCGAUUUUGAUGACUCUAAAGGUGCAGAAGAUGAGACAAUUACUAUAUUUAAAGGUGAUGAUGACACUGUUAAAACUGAAGUAUUGUUUCGAAAAGUUGAUGAGAAAGAAGAACUAUUAUUUCGACCUAUUAAUAAAUUUGAACCAAUUAAAAGAGAAAUUAUUGGUUUUGGAUCUCAUAUGGAUGAUGAAACUGCUGUAAAAAGUAUUUCUGAAACACUUGAACCUUCAAUAGAAGAAGCUGAUCCUGUUGAAAUUACUUCUCCUGAAGAAAAGUCAACACCAGUAAUUUCUCAAGAGGAAACUGAAGGAGCUGUUGCAGCAUUAUUGGAAGCUUCAUUUGGUCAAGAUUUCUGUGAUUCUUCGUAUUCUGAUAGAUCAGCAAAACCUGAUACUCCUGUUUCAGACAGUGAACUUAGAAUCGACACUGAUGAUGAAGAUAGCGCAGAUUCAAUAAUUGAUGAAUGUAAGAAUGAUAUUACUGAUUCUUCAGAUAUUUCAAUCAACAUUAGUAAAAUUGAUGAAGAUUUUGAAAAAAUAGAUAAAAAAGAAAUAGUUGUCUGUACUGAAAAAAUAAUAGUAGAACCUGAAAAAGAAAACGAGACUAAAUCUAUUAAAAAACCACAGUUGCCUGAACUUCAACAGGAAUUGCCAAUGCCUGAACCUGACACAAAACCACAAUCACCUUUAAGUCAUAAUUUUAGAUUACCACAAAUGGUCAUUCAACCAUUGAAUAUUAGUUAUACUAAACCGUUAACAGAAAUAAAACCACCUUUAUUAUCAUCUCAAGAAAUCCCUGAGGUAGUUGUUGAAAAUAUUUCAAAACCUGAGCCUAAGACUGAUGAUCAUGUUUCUGUUGUAAAAUAUUCAACUACUCAUAUGCCAACUGUAAUAUGCCAAGAACAAUCUGUUAUAUCAUGUGCACCAAUUACAUUACCUAAACAAGAAUUUAGUCAACCGUCCGUUUUACAACACACUAAAGAUACUCAAAUUAUACAAAGCUGUAUUGUUUCACCCCCAAUUAUUUUACCUGAAGUUGAUAAGCCAAGUUUUGAUACUAAAGAAGAAACAAUUGUGGAACAACAGGUGGUUGUUGAUGAACCAAAAGUCGCCGAAGAAUCGUCAUCUAAUCAGGCGUCCACAAUAACAUUUGCUAAAAAGUCAAUAGUUUAUGAAGAUAAAUCAGAACCUGAAGAAAUCUUAUCUCUAGCUACAAAACAUGAAAAACAACCUGUAUAUGCUACAACACUUAUGGUACCUGCUGAAAAUGAAGAUAAGUCAAUGCCUAAACAUCCUAAAGCAAAAGGUCUUGAACGUAUUGUUGAACAGAUAAAUGAAAAAAUGAGAGCUAAAGCGAAUGAAUCUGCAUUAAAUUUAACAAAAGAACCUAGAAUGAUGCCAUUAAAAAAAGCUAUAGUUGCAAAAGAUAAAGAUGAAAAUAGAACUGAUAGUAAAGUUGAUAUUUUGGAAGUUAAGUCUAAGAUGGUUGAAAUGGAAUCUCCUGAAGAUUUAGUUGUAGCUCCAUUGACACCAAAAGUUGAAGACAAAAAUGAAGUUUUUGCUAGUCCUGGUGAAAGUAGUUGCGAACCAAAAGAAUUGGAUACUGCAAGAAUAAAAAAGGAUGAUGAGUUUACAAAAGAUAUGUCAAAAAUUAUUGAUAAAGAUUCAUCUGUUAGAGGAAGACGGAGAUGUGGUAGAGGGCGUGGAACUCGUGGAGCCCCAACUAUAGUGACUCCAAGAAGAACUCGACAAAAUAUCAUAACUCCAAAUAUGCCUCAACAUAGCACUUUAACGGAUGUAUAUGAAUUCACAGAUGAAGAUGAAAAAGUCAGCCAAAAGUAUAGUAAAUCUCCAGAACCCCCUGUAACUAGUGUUAUGCCAACUGUUGUUUCAUUAUCUCCACCAGCUGGUGCUUUAGUAGUGAGCACUUCUCCACUGACAAGAAAAUCUAGAAGGCUACAGGAAAAAGAUGGAAGUAAGAGUACUUUAGAAGAAACAAUUGAUGAAGUUGCUCGUGGCCCUUGUACUCGACGCACCACACGUUCUAAACCCUUAGCAAUACCUUUACUAAGCUUAGAAACAUCUCCAAGAAAAAAUAAACAAAUUAAUGGAAAAAAAUUGAAAGCUGAGUCCCCUCAACCAACAUCUAAAACAGAAAUUAUUGAUACGACUUCAUCUAAUGAACUAAAUGAUGAUAAAAAUUUGCUGUCAACAUCGUCUUCAUCAUCGACUACCUCUGAAACAACGACGUUAAUUGAUCCAGUUAGUGGUCUUCUUAUUCCUAUGCAAGAAUCUGAAGAAGGUCAAUAUGUUCCAAUUGAUGACCGUGAUGAUAAUAGAAAUCGAAGAUCUUCAUCUGAUGAACCACCUGAGAAGAGAGCUCGCCUUGAAAAACUCCCUGUUCCAUCAAUAUCAGUGUCUAAAAAUAGUACUACUAUUCCAGCUUUGGCAGUUACACCAAAUAAUAUCCUUCCAGCCACGACUACAACAUACGCAGUCACUCCUGGAAUGUCAAAUGUUGCUAAGACACCUUGUGUAAUGACAACUGCUAAUACUGCACCUGUUGGACUUGUUAAACCUAAUAUUACAGCUUCUGUGAUUGCUCCUACAAAUGUUCUAAAAUCAACUGCUGUUAUGGCUCCUUCACCACCACCACUUAAAACCCAAUCAACAACUCUCAAUAAAGUAACUCAACCUAUAAUUAGUCAGCAACCAAUUUGCAAGCCUUCAACUCCAAUUUCUUCAAUGCAACCACCAGUCAAAUCUCAUUUAAAUGCUAUAAGUCGUACACCACCAUUGCCAAAAUUGUUAUCUCCUAAAGGACACAUUGUACAAGCAUAUACAUCACAAUCAAUGGAAGCGAUUAAUCAGAAUUCAGUAUUACGUCCUCCGACACCUCAACCAUCACUACCAUUACAACCAUUAUUAGUACAUACACCUGGUAUAAUGAGCCCUCCUUCAAGAGUUGCCUUGCACUCUCCAUCAUCGAGGGGUGUAUUAAGUCCACCUAGAGGAUUAUUAAGUCCGCCAUCUAGAGCUGUACCACCAUCACCACAGCCAACUCCAAUUGCACACAACUCAUCAACUGUACCUGAUAUUAUUUGUCCAAAAGGAUUUGAUCCUUCUAAAAUGGAAAAUUCAAGAUGCAUUGUUAUGAGAAGUCCACCACCUCUUGUGUUAUCAGGUCAAUCAAUGGCAUUUGAGGCAGGCAUUGAUUCUGUACCGAUAAAUAUGGUUCCUGCUCAUCAUUAUAUUCAUCCACAACUUAUUUAUCAUCCACAAUAUGUCAGAGAUCCUAUGGGAGCCUUUAUUCCACCGAGGAACUUGAAAGUGGUACCAGAAGUUGAAGAAAAUAUUCCACCAUUAGAAUUACACAAUAGGCUUCCUGAUGAAUGUAUCACUGAUAGAUUACAACAUCUUAGUGAAGCGCAACAAUAUAUAAAUGCCCAACAAGUGGCUCAUCCAAUUGGUAGUCUUCCAUAUGGGCAAGUAGCGCCAAUUAACUAUGGUUAUCGACCCAUAAAUUCCAUAUUAAAGAACUAUCCUAUUUACUGGCAAGGAACAUUGGCAUUAAAGAAUGACAAAGCACUUGUAGAAAUGCAUUAUUUAUUUGGAAAUGCAGCUGUUGCUGAACAUUCAUUGCAGCGUAAUAUUGAUGGGGAAUUGAAGUUAUCACAACGUAUGAGAUUAGAACAAACACAAUUAGAUGGUGUUUCACGCAAAAUGCAGAUUGAAGACGAAUGUUGUGUGUUGAUUGCUGUGCCAAUUGGUAUGAGUGAAGAAGAAUGGAGUCAACAAAGCUGUACAUUGCAUAAUGGUUUCAUUACUUAUUUACAACAAAAACAAGCUGCAGGAAUUAUUAAUAUCACAGCACCUGGAAGCACACAGAAUGCUUAUAUAGUGCACAUGUUUCCGCCAUGCGACUACAUUAAUAGCGUCCUAGCUACAGUUCAUCCUACAAUGGUGAAACAGAUAGCAUCCAUGGCUCAUUUGAUAAUUGUCAUAGCCACCGUGUAAAUAUUCUAUAAUGAGUACAAAUUUCAUAUUUCUUCUAGCACAUUAGGUGCACAAAGUAUAUAUCUAUAUAUAUUAUAUUAAAAAAAAUAAAAAUAAAAA